GCCAGCCUCCCGCAGCCGCUGUUGUUGUUGUCAGUCCGCUCGGCCGAAGAACACAUCAGCGACGCACACCGCGAGCAGCCAGCGCCAUGACUUACCAACUCUACCGCAACACCACCCUGGGCAAUACCUUGCAGGAGAGCCUAGACGAACUCAUUCAGAUUCAGCAAAUUUCUCCAAAUUUGGCCCUUCGAGUUCUGUUGCAGUUUGACAGAGCAAUCAACCAAGCUUUAGCAACGAAAGUGCGAACCAAAAUUUCAUUCAAGGCAAGCAAGCUGAACACAUACCGAUUUUGCGACAAUGUGUGGACAUUUUUGAUGUCAGAUGUUGAAUUCAAAGAAGUUCAGGAUUUUGCACAAGUUGAUAAAUUGAAGAUAGUUGCCUGUGAUGGUAGAGGUGAAGACACAAGACAAAGGUAGAAAAGCUGAGGCAGUUAGGACCAGUAUAAUUGUCCAAGCUUACUGAUGCAUCACUUUGGGGGAAAAAUCACUUUAAAAGGAAUCAGUGUUCUGUAAAAUGAUCUGUUUUUUUAUGUUAAAUGUGGUCAACAAAAAGGAUCUGUUGGUUAUCCAAAAGGAUUUAAUGUUUUCAGAAAUUACUUGAAAUGAUGAUAACUUCUUUUGUAAUGAUGUAAAGAUAAUUAUACUUAAUGUAGUGGUUGGUGUGUGUGUUUUCUUUUUUUCUUUUUUACAGUGUUCUGUAUUAUGCAUGGUUAUGCAUUGUACUUGGUCCUCAUGAUAUGGAGAGAGACAAAAUAAGUUAAAGUGAUGAUUCGCUCAAAGCCUAUAUAGUUUCCUUGUUUAAGAAAAUAAUACAUUGAAUUGGU